UUCCUUCACAGACGGAUUCCACGUUUACAGUUAAACGCAAACUACACAUGACUGACAUAAAUCGUGUAACAGUUAGCCGCAAUGACGACUCUUUCUUUGUACUUCAUGCCAAGGAAUAUGAUAACAUAUUUGAAUGUCGAAUGCUUCCUGAAGUUCUUAACAGAAUAGCUGUUGUGUAUCAACUGGAGAGAAACUCUGAGCUGCAGCUAAAUGUGUCUGACAAGGUUGAUUUUUGCAUAAAAGGAGGAGAUGUUCGCCAUAUAUUUUUCUUAGAAAAAGGCGGAUCGAAAUUACAAACAUCGCCGUCGAAAAAGACGUUUACUAUUGCUGCUGAUGUAGAUUAUUCAUGUGAAGAUGUCAAAGUUCCUGAAUUGCAAAGUGAGAAACGUGCAAGCAUUAGUAUGUUCGUUGACAAAGUCGCGCGAAGACUGAGUACUACAUACGGCGUCAGUGUUCCGGAUCCCAGCACUUUCUCAGCUGUGGCUAAAGCAAUAUUCGGCCAGUCAGGGGGAAGCGUGCAAUGCAAAAAGGUGCUUGUGGAUCUUCCAGAAGGCUCCUUGACAUCAGAUACUAAAGAAGUUUGUAUUCAGCUGUGCAAAGCUAGAAAGGAAGUUGUCCCACUUAGUGACACGGAAGAGAUUGUCAGCCAUUUGGUGGAAAUCAGCCCCCUUGGAAAGCCAUUGUGUGCGUUUGCUGAGCUUUGUUUGCCAAUUGAAGGGAACGUUAAGGCAGGGCAUGCGCAGUUUCUUCGUUGGACUCCAACACAAUCAGGAGAGAGGGCUAACUGGAGUGAUGUCCUUGUUUGUGACAAGAAACACCGCUCUGAUGAAAGUCAGAUCACUCUUAAAUUCAAAGAGAGCGAGGCAAAGGUUUUCACCAAACAUUUCGGAAUAUUUGGCAUAAUUGAUACCUCAGAACCCAAAGCACACCAAAAAAGCAUUAACAAUAAUGUAUCUUUCGAGAGCGCUAAUAAUCAAACACAGGAUGAUAGACCUACCUUAUUUCAACGAAUAGGAAACAUGUUUAAGAGAGGCGAUACACAAAAACAAACUUCCGACUGUGAGAAUAGCCAUGCAACAUCCCCAUCAACUGAUCCAACUAUGAUCCCGCCCCCUGUGUCCUCCACCCCAGCUCUAGCCCCAGCCCCUUCCGCAUCAGCUCCACCCCCUGUCCCUUCUACCACAGCGCCAGUCCCUCUCCCCUCCACCCUAGCUCCGCCCUCUCCCUCCACUGCUUCAUCUUACCCUCCACCUCCCCCUCCAUCCGUCUCCACCUCGUCUCCUUCAGCUGUUUCGUUACCACACCCUCCAUCCCCUCUGUCUCCUCCGUUCUCUGGCGCGGUGCCGUCCCAGACCUCUGAUUUAUUACCCCCUACUCCAUCUGGGCACUGGGUUAGAGUAAUUUAUUCUCAAAUAACUUGA